AUGAAUAUACACAUUCCAAAAUGGAUUCUUGCUGCGUUUGUUGGUGCAGCUCCAAUGCUUGGAAUUGUAUUUUUUAUAUUAUUUUCAUGUACACUACUUGGUCUUGUACAACGAUGUAAAAUAAGUUUAACAAAAUCAUAUGCAAAUAGAAGAAAAACUAUAACGAAUGAUCAAUUAUUUACUGAAAAUGAAAAUAUUAAUCCAUUAACAUUAUUUACAUCCACAUCAAAUACACUUAUUGUUUCACCAUUUGAUGAUAUACCAAUGAAAGAUAUUGAUGCUGAAUCAUCAUCAAAAGCAUAUUCAGAACCAAAAGACAUUUCAAAUUCUUCAAAAUUUCGACGAAAACGAAGUACGGAUCCUUCUCUAACAGGAUCUGAUUAUGAUAAUGGCUCAUCGAGUGUUUUUGAUGAUAAUGAUUAUGAACAAGAUCGUUUAUCACUGAUCGAAACUUCAUCGCAACGUAGAAUUGGAAUAAAACAACAAAAGUCGCCCGAUACAAUAAUUCAUAUUUAA